UUUCUAAGAGCCAUUUCCGCCACUUAGCGGCCACCCGCCGCUACAUCCAUGCGCCAUGAGCGCCCCGCCCCUCGGCCCGGCCCGGCCCCGCCCGCACCAUCGAGCUGAGUCCGCCGAGCGCCCAGAGCAGCUCUCACCGCGGGAGCCCGCAGCCAUGCCCCUGGCGAGGGACCUGCUGCACCCCUCCCUGGAGGAGGAGAGGAGGAAGCACAAGAAGAAGCGUUUGGUGCAGAGCCCCAACUCCUACUUCAUGGACGUGAAGUGCCCAGGAUGCUACAAGAUCACCACUGUAUUCAGCCAUGCUCAGACAGUGGUGCUGUGUGUAGGCUGCUCAACUAUUCUGUGUCAGCCUACUGGGGGAAAAGCACGGCUCACAGAAGGCUGUUCCUUUAGAAGAAAGCAACACUGAACAGUCUUCAACAUAUAGGGAAGGAUCUGUGUUCCUGAAAGCCUUACCUGUUUAAAAAAAAAUGCCUGUUGAUGUUAACAAUGUAAUUAUGACUGAUUUUGUGAAAAUGAAACUACUGGUGGCUGAUCAGCUGGAAUCUUUCUCAAUAAAUGGUCUGAAGUGCAUUUUUUUUUUUCCUGGAAGUUUGCAGACAGUUGAGCUCUAUUUUUACAGCUUUAAACAGUGUUUUGUAAUUGAGUGGUGUCAUUUAAUAUAAAAAUCUGAACCUUGGACUAGCUGCAUCCUUCUUUGUGUUAAUCAUCAGCAGGGUAAACCAUAUGGUGACAGACUGCCCUAAGAAUACAGUUUGUAUAACUGAAUGCUGUAGCAGCUUCAGUGGCAAGGGUUACAAAGGCUGGACAGGUUUAAAAAGGACAUGCAGCUCCACUGUUUCAGUGUGGCUUUGGUCCACUUACUCCAUGGUAAUAGAUAUUUCUCAGAUGCAAAAUUACUUACAUAUGUUCAGAUGCUAUUCUGGCAUGCCUGGCUUCCCUCCCUCUAAUCUGCACUCCGUAUUCUAUACUGAGAUUCCUAUGCAAAAAAAAAAAA